UCAGAAUACUACUAUUAUGUGGGCUCUAAAAGCUGGAAGCAGGCCACCGUGGGUGGGUCUGGCAGCUGCAGUUUGGGUCCAGAUCGCAUCCGGGAAUGCCUACUCUUUCCCUCUGUAUUCGCACAGUUUGAAAUCCGUACUGGGUCUUUCUCAACAGCAGCUUACGAUUCUCGGUGUUGCUAAUGAUUUUGGGGAAAAUGUCGGUAUUCUUCCGGGCAUUGCUUCGAAUAAAUACCCACCUUGGGUUGUUCUUUUGGUGGGUGUUGUUGCUUCUUUCUUUGGGUAUGGUGUUAUUUGGCUUGCUGUUACUCAGACUGUUCACAACAUGCCUUACUGGGUUCUGUGGCUUGCACUCGUUGUUGCCACUAACAGCAGUGCAUGGUUGGGGACGGCUGUGCUUGUUACCAACAUGAGGAAUUUCCCACUCAGUAGGGGCACAGUUGCCGGCAUUCUCAAAGGUUAUGUCGGCUUAAGUGCCGCAGUUUUCACUGAAGUUUACACCAUGGUCUUAAAAGGAUCCGCUUCUGCUUUACUCCUCUUCUUUACACUCGGGAUUCCUGUCAUAUGCUUCAGUUUAAUGUACUAUAUUAGACCUUGUACUCCAGCUUCCGAAGCCGACCCAUCAGAAACCGCCUAUUUUCUUUUCACUCAAGGGGCUAGUAUUGUGCUUGCAGUCUUCCUUUUAACCACUACAAUAUUAAAGGACUUUUUGACCUUAAAUAACGCGUUAUCAUACACGUUUAUUGGGAUAAUGGUGGUUCUUUUGAUGGCUCCUCUUGCCAUUCCUGUUAAAAUGACUCUGUUUCCUUCUAACAAGAAGCUUAACCCGCCAGCUGGUGCUGCAGACAAUGCGACUGUAACCGAUCCAUUGCUGACUCAGCCUAUUCCAGAACCGAACGUUAAAAAUCUUAAUGAUGAUGAUGAUGAUGAUGAAUCGGAGUUGGAUGUGCUUCUUGCUGUUGGUGAAGGCGCGGUUAAAAUUAAAAAGAAAAGAAGACCUAGAAGAGGUGAAGAUUUUACAUUUCGUGAAGCGAUUGUGAAAGCCGAUUUUUGGCUUUUGUGGUUCGUUUAUUUUCUUGGCGUCGGUUCGGGUGUUACCGUUCUUAAUAAUCUCGCCCAAAUUGGUGUUUCGCUUGGGUUUAACGAUACAACAACUUUGUUGAGUUUGUUCAGUUUCUGCAAUUUUCUCGGUCGGCUUGGAGGCGGAGUUGUUUCAGAAUACUUUGUAAGGUUAAAAACGAUUCCUCGCACGUUUUUGACAACGGUGACACAAAUAAUAAUGGUAAUGACGUAUCUUUUAUACGCAUCGGCUCUUAACGGGACACUAUAUGUUGCAACAGCAUUGCUCGGGAUCUGUUACGGUGUUCAGUUUGGCGUUAUGAUUCCAACUUCAUCAGAGCUUUUCGGGUUAAAAAAUUUUGGUUUAAUAUUUAAUUUCAUGGGUUUAGGAAACCCGAUAGGUGCUCUUUUAUUCUCCGGGAUGCUUGCGGGUUAUGUAUAUGAUACAGAGGAAGCUAAGCAAGGCGGGCCCACGUGUAUGGGCCCGAGUUGUUUCAGGCUCACCUUCUUUGUUCUUGCUGGUGUGUGCUCUCUAAGUGCGGUCUUGAGCUUAAUAUUAACCAUCAGGAUUAGGCCCGUUUACCAAAUGCUUUACGCUGGUGGAUCGUUUCGCUUGCCACAAAGCGCGGGUCAUAAAUCAUAAUGGUCAUUGAAGGAAUUUUUUUUAAUGUUUGCGCGUGAUCAUCUUGAAAGUCAGAGGAUAACCUAACUUGAGUUUAAUAUGCAAUGAUGAUGUAUAAUCAACCAACUAUGUUUAUUUGGUAUUGAUGAUGUAUAAGUUUUGCUCUAUUGUACCCUGUGCAUCAGGGAUUGUAAUUUGAUAUGCAGUUGUUGUGCAUACAAAUUUUGAAAGAUACAAUUGCUUUGUGUUGAAGAUAAAACAUACAUUGUUUGAUAGUGAAA